CGAGCGGAUCCCGCAGGGGAAGGAGGAGGAGGGAGAGCCGAGGGGGCUGUGAGUGAGCGGGAGAAGCAGGGUGUGAGCCGGACUUGCCAGCGGGAGGGAGAACGAGUGAGAGCCGAGCCAGCCAUCCGAGCCGCCUCCUCCUCCUCCCCUCGGCGUCCCGCCCCCGCCUGCCAGCCCGCCCUUCUCCCUCCUCAGCCGGCAGAGCCCGAGUGAGGCGCAGCUCGGCUUGCGCCGCUGUCCAGGACAGAUCUCGCGAGAGUGGCUGACUGGCUGUGGGGGUUGCGGCGGCAGCAGGCGGAGCCGGGGAGGGAAAGCAGCGGCGGCUGAGGCGACUGAGGCGGCGGCGGGCGGAGCGGCAGGCGGCGGCAGCGCGGCGGCGGAGCGCAGCAUCAUGGCGGACCGAGACAGCGGCAGCGAGCAGGGUGGUGCGGCGCUGGGCUCGGGCGGCUCCCUGGGGCACCCGGGCUCGGGCUCGGGCUCCGGCGGGGGCGGUGGUGGCGGCGGGGGCGGCGGCGGCGGCAGUGGCGGCGGCGGCGGCGGGGCCCCGGGGGGGCUGCAGCACGAGACGCAGGAGCUGGCCUCCAAGCGGGUGGACAUCCAGAACAAGCGCUUUUACCUGGACGUGAAGCAGAACGCCAAGGGCCGCUUCCUGAAGAUCGCUGAGGUGGGCGCGGGCGGCAACAAGAGCCGCCUCACUCUCUCCAUGUCAGUGGCCGUGGAGUUCCGCGACUACCUGGGCGACUUCAUCGAGCACUACGCGCAGCUGGGCCCCAGCCAGCCGCCCGACCUGGCCCAGGCGCAGGACGAGCCGCGCCGGGCGCUCAAGAGCGAGUUCCUGGUGCGCGAGAACCGCAAGUACUACAUGGAUCUCAAGGAGAACCAGCGCGGCCGCUUCCUGCGCAUCCGCCAGACGGUCAACCGGGGGCCCGGCCUGGGCUCCACGCAGGGCCAGACCAUUGCACUGCCCGCACAGGGGCUCAUCGAGUUCCGCGACGCUCUGGCCAAGCUCAUCGACGACUACGGAGUGGAGGAGGAGCCGGCCGAGCUGCCCGAGGGCACCUCCUUGACUGUGGACAACAAGCGCUUCUUCUUCGAUGUGGGCUCCAACAAGUACGGCGUGUUUAUGCGAGUGAGCGAGGUGAAGCCCACCUACCGCAACUCCAUCACCGUGCCCUACAAGGUGUGGGCCAAGUUCGGACACACCUUCUGCAAGUACUCGGAGGAGAUGAAGAAGAUUCAAGAGAAGCAGAGGGAGAAGCGAGCUGCCUGUGAGCAGCUCCACCAGCAGCAGCAGCAGCAGCAGGAGGAGACCGCCGCUGCCACCCUGCUACUGCAGGGUGAGGAAGAAGGGGAAGAAGAUUGAUCAAACUGAAUGGAACCCCCCCCCCACAUGCAUACAUACACACACACACACACACACACACACACACACACACACAGCCACACACAGAGAAAAUAUACUGUAAAGAAAGAGAGAAAAUAAAAAGUUAAAAA